UAAGCGUAAUGCAAGAUGGCGACGACUUAAACAUAUAUCUCAGUGAACUACUUUAUCGACACCGAAGUCUGCCUCUCUUGGGGUUUCUAGGGUGGUUUGAGGCUUGUUCCGGUUAAUAAUAAACUAGUUAAUUAGAUAAGGGUUUUGUAGGCGUCGCUGAGCGCCACAAAACACCCUUUUCACCCUGCUGUCCUCGGGUGACAGCCGUUAGCGAGGUGCUAACAGACAGAAUGGACAGCGGAGAGUACAUCUCCACCAUGGAGAACAUGGACCCCACGUUAGCGGAAUUAGGGGAUGAAUUUACACUGGGAGACAUCGACGAGAUGCUGCAGUUCGUCAGCAACCAGGUGGGGGAUUUCCCCGAUCUGUUUGAGGAUCAGAUGGCCUCAGCAGGCUCAGGACAGAGUGGGGGGGCCAACACGGCUCCACGACCUGCCAUUCAAACCCCACAAGCCCCCCAAACUCCUCCAACUCCAAAAACUCCACAGACUCCUCAGAUUCAACAGACUCCCUCCCCUGUGGUCUACCAGACCUCCACAGUUGGCCUCGCCCCCUCCCAGACUCUCUCUCCCCAGUAUCUCCCCCUCACCCCUCCCCUCACCCCCGUACAGACCCCCUCCCCCCCCAGCGUCCCCUCUGUGCAGGUACAGGUGACCCGCACCCCCCCUCUCCUCCAGCCAAGGCCUCAGAUGGUUCAGCCCAUCCAGCCUCAGCCCCUACAGACAGCGCAGCCCACCAUCCAGGUAACAACUAUGCACACCCAGGGGAUCCAGAUGCAGACGCAGAGCUUCCCGGUGCACACGUUGGUUCAGACCCACAGCCAGACGCCGCUGCCCAUCCAGACCCAGGCCCAAACCGUGAUGAUCGCCUCCAACGGCGGACAGUCGCGCUUCAUCCAGAGCCCCGUCAUCUGCCACCAGAGCCAUAACACUAGUUUCCAAGUCCUCCAACCACAGAUGCAGAGCAUAAUGACAUCACCACAGCUCCAACCAAUGACCAUUCAGCACCAGCGCGUCCUGACCCCCACCUGUCAGACCAUCCAGACGCUCUCCGCUGCGCCCACCACAGUGCACGCCAUGCAGCAGCAGAUGCAGCAGCUACCUGUUCUGAUGCAGCAGCCUCAGAUCCUGAAGACGGACUCUCUGGUUCUGACGACACUGAAACCAGACGGCACGCAGGUUCUGUCGACCAUGCAGAGCCCGGGGAUAACAACCCUGACCACGCCCAUGCAGAACACCGCUCUGCAAGUCCCGACGCUGAUGAGCAGCAACAUCCUGACCACCGUCCCCGUCAUGAUGAGCGGAGACAAGCUGCCAAUCAAACAGCUGCAGCCAGGCUCCGCCCACAGCAACACGGGAGCCAGAACCAUGAUGGAUCAGAGCCAGAUGAUGGGGGGGGUGAUCGGCCCGGGGGGGGUGGUGAAGGAGGGAGAGAGGAGGACGACUCACAACAUCAUCGAGAAGAGGUACCGCUCCUCCAUCAAUGACAAGAUCCUGGAGCUCAGGGACCUUGUGAUGGGAAACGAUGCCAAGAUGCACAAAUCAGGAGUGCUGAAGAAGGCCAUCGACUACAUCAGAUACCUGCAGUCGUCCAAUCAGAAGCUGCGGCAGGAGAACAUGGCGCUAAAGAUGGGCAACCAGAAGAACAAAACAGUGAUUCGCUCGGAAGAUGUGGAGAUGAAGGAGGAGAUCGUGAUGAUGUCUCCUCCGGCCUCGGACUCUGGUUCUGGUUCUCCUCCCCAGUUCUCUCCCUACUGUGUGGACUCAGAGCCCGGCAGCCCCCUGCUGGACCACGACCAGUUGAAGAGUGAGCCAGGCUCUCCCUCCUCGGUGGGAGUGAUGGACGGCUCUCGUCUCCUCCUCUGCGCUCUCACCUUCUUCUGCCUCUCUCUGAACCCUCUGCCCUCCAUGUUGGGCUCCGAGGCCUCGGGGAGCCCCGGCCUCUCUGCGGGCCACGGGCCGUCCAGAACGCUCGUCUGGUGGUUCCCCAGUCCCACUCAGGACUUUGGAUCCUGGCUGCGCUGCCUGUUGCCAUGGGUGAUGGUGUGGGUGCUGAGUGGGGUGGGGGCGGUGUGGGGGUGUGUGAGGGUGCUCUAUCUGUGGGAGCCCGUCACACCGCUGCACUCCCCGAAAUCUGUGUCCUUCUGGAGGCAUCGCAAACAAGCAGACCUGCAUCUCAAAAGGGGAGAUUACACGGCAGCGAUGGGGAGUUUAGAAACCUGCCUCUCCGUGUUGACUCGAGCUCUUCCCUCUUCCAACCUGGACCUGGUGUGCUCGCUCAGCUGGAACGUGGUCCGCUACGUCCUGCACCGCCCGAUUCCUCUGGGCUGGCUGGUCCGUCAGGUGGGGGGGAAACAUGAGGGCGAGGAGGCGAGGACCAGUGCGAAGGACGCUGCGCUGGUUUACCACCAGCUGAGUCAGCUGCAACUCACAGGGAAGCUGCCUCAGCGCAGCAGCCUGUGGGCUCUCUCUGUUUCUCUAAACGCCGUCAACCUCAGCGAGAGCGCUCAGAGCAAGAUGGCCCCCGCCCAGCUGACCCAGAUCUACGUCACCGCAGCCACCGCUCUGCGCACCAUCCUGGGCCAUCAUCUCUCCUUUCUGCCUGGUUAUCUGUUGAGUUGUGCAGAGAGUGUGGCCAACCAAUCAGAGGCCAAGUCCAUCCCUGACUGCCUGCGCUGGCUCUUCACGCCGCUGGGGAGGCAGUUCUUCCUGAGCUGUGAUUGGUCGGUGAAGUCGGACAGCAGCGACGGCGUGUACACUUCUCAGAGAGACCCAGCCGACCCCAUCGCCCAGCUGCACCGCUGUUUCUGCAGGAAGCUUCUGGAGAGAGCCGUCCACACGCUGAUCCAGCCGCAGAGCAACUCUGAAGCUGGAAAGCGCAACAACGACUCUGGGGAGUUUUCCAGCGCCCUUGAGUUCCUGCAGUUGUUGAACAGCUGCACGGAGGACUCUCCCUCCUCUCCUCCUCCCUUCUCGACUCCUCCCAAUCACACCACCACUCCAGUUGGAGACCCGGUGAGCCGCUGGUGGGCGUUGGUCCUGAAGGCGGCUGUUCAUUGGCUGCAGGGCGACGACGUCUCUGUGAGGUCACUGCUGGCAGAAGCAGAGCGGAUGCCCAGGGCUCUGCACACUCUGGACCACCCUGUGCCUAAGUCCGUGCUGCUGCUCUGUAAGGCCGUUCAGAUGAGUCUCUCUCCUCUGAAGGGCGAGGGAGCGAUGGCCUGCUUGUCUCACUGCGACAGAGCAAGCAGCUUCUUGCGCUCCAGCAUCUCCGUUCCCCUCGCUCAGACCGGAAACUAUCUCAACAAGGGUGUGGAGCUCCUGAUCUGUGACCUCCUGCUGACCUUGAGGACCAGUGUGUGGCAGCGGGGGGGCAGCAGUAACGGAGAGCCCGGUCUGGCCCCGGGGUCCCAGCUGUCCGGCUUCCAGAAGGACCUCAGCGCGCUCCGAAAGCUCACACAGUGCUACAGGCAGGCACAACACAAGGUGUUCCUCCAUGAGACCACAGUGAGGCUGAUGGCAGGAGCGAGUCCCACACGGACCCACCAGCUGCUGGAGCACAAACUCCGACGCAGGACCCCCAACUCACUCACAGCCGAGGGAGUCCUGGGUGAGAGAGAGAGGGCUCACGCCAUCCUGCUGGCCUGCCGCCACCUCCCCAUGCCGCUGCUGACUCCACCCGGGCACCGUGCCCGCCUGCUGGCCGAGGCCAAGCGCACCCUGGAGCGGGUGGGAGACCGGCGCUCCCUGCAGGACUGCCAGCAGAUCCUGCUGCGCCUCAGCGGGGGCACCACCAUCGCUGCCUCCUGAACACACACACACACUCACACACACACACUCACUGCAAGAACACACACACAUUAGGCUACUUUGCAUUACAUGAAGUAAUUUGUGUUCAUGCAGACAAUGAUAAAACCUGGCUACUCUUCCAUAACAAACAUGCAAUUUGGUAACAGUUACUCAUUCACUAAUCGAGGACUAUUCUCUCACACAAACAAACACACACACACACACACACACAUACACAUACAUAUACACAAACACACACUGCAAGAACACACACACACAUACAUUAGGGCUACUUAAAAUACAAAUAUGUAAUUUGCGUUCAUGCAUACAAUGUUAAAACCAGGCUACUGUUCCAGAACCACAUGUCAUUCUAUAACUAUCACUCAUUUCUCUAAUUAAGGACUUUUUUAUAUAUAUACACACACACACACACACACACACACACACACACACACACACACACACACACACAUAUUAGAGUACAAUAAACUCUGUCAUUAGCGUUCAUGCGUACAAAGAUGAAACCAGGCUACUCUUCCAUAAACAACAUGUUAUUCUAUCUAGGAUAUUUCUCUCACACACACACACUUUUACUGUCACUGCAUCCACAUCCCAGCUUCAACACUUAUGCUCCACACGGUCUCAUUUUGAUGCUUCGUUUUACAAUAACGCUGCCACCUUCUGGACAUUAACGGCACCACGCUGGCUCAUUUCUAACGAGGCUGAGGGAAAUCAGGUUAAACUGGCCCCCCGAGGUAAAAAAGGGACCGUUAUCUAAUCGCUGUUUUUUUUUAAUGAAUGCAAUGUAGCGGUGGUGCAUUGAUUAGCUGUAGGAUCCCACGCCGUACAAUCAUUAUUAGCACCAUGUGAGUGCUACAGUAAUGUCUCAUUCAACUUGCAAGCUUCAUUUAACGGCGGAGGAGGAGUGAAGGUGUGUGGAUCGCUUGCUUUUAAACAAUACAGUGCUGAGUAGUGUCUCUUCCUAUCUACCUCAUACAAUGCCAGCACUGUAAAGUGGAGUAGGAUUCCAGGUAUGAAUUAAGUUACUAUUUGAUGCUUCAAUCCAAUGCAGCUUCAUUAUUUGAAAACCUUGCAAAGCUGCUUUAUUUUAGGGUGCAGCAGUGCAGCACCUUAGGAAUGUGACUUGCCGUGGCAGAAACUGCAACACACUGUAACACAUGAAAAGAAACGGGAAGAAUAAUUGGAUUUGCAGACAUGGAAAUUGAAAUUCCCACACACACACACACACAUUUCAGAAGUUGCAUAUAUGUUAAAUUAAUUGCAUACACAAUGUGAUUGUAUAUAGGUUGUACAUAAGCAGAUAAGGAAGAAGAAGUAGAUUAAACGGGAAGUUGUUACUUCUGCUUGAGAGGAGACGCACAUCGGAGAAAGCGCAGAGAAAUGUCGAAUUUGGCUCAGAAUUUAUUUCCUGUCAGAGUCUGACAGUAGAGCAAGGUCAUCUGCCUCCGCCUUAAAGUGAUACUCCAACCAAGACGUCUUUUCAUUAUCAAACACUCGCCUGCUGCGGCCUUCAAGUGUAUUGAGCUGAAUCUGGGCCAUAAGUUUUGAUCAUUCGGAGAAAAAAAAAUAUGUCAAAUACUUAUUUCUAGUAUGAAAACAUUGUGUUUUUCAAAGUUCCGGGUCAAAACUCGAACUUUGAAAUGCACACAAUUUUUUCGGAUGAUCAAAACGUUUGGCCCAGAUUUAGCUGUGGCUUCAAAAAUGGUUUUAGCCGCAAAAGAAAUGCAGAAAAACGUAGAUAUUGUCAUUUCUUCAAAGCCCCGUUGAGCCGACAGGCAGCGAGUGUCUGAUACUCAAAAGACGUCGUAUCACUUUAAGAAAAGUCCGAGCUAGAAUGAACUGAACACAGUGAUAAAGUGAGGAAGGAUAUUUCUUUGAAGUGAUGUGACGCUCUCAAGCUCAAUGGCCUUGAUGUAAAGAAUUAUUUUAAUAUGUUUCAUCAUGUCCCGAUGAUGGAGGAAAUCUUUGUCCAAUAUGCUUUUUUUUUUUAUUUGUAAUUGUUGACUUACACGAGACAUUCCUGUUUCGGUGCUCUGUUGUUUUUUUUUCUUAUUUAAUGGUUAUGUAAAGUUAUUAUAAAUGCUUUUUUCCGGCGCGAGGGGAAGGGAGCAGUCUUUUAUUGUUGUUUUAUUUUCCAUAAAAGCAGCCUCGGGUCAGAAGGAAAGUCAAACGGGAAGCAUUUUAUUGAAACUAGCAGAAAACAAUUUAUAUUUUAGACUCACUCGUUAUUUUUUUUAAAUGCAGGCAUGUGUGCUAUUAGCCCAGGACUCUGUCUUCCAGGUAAACCCAACAUAUAAAAUAGCAACCUAAGGAGUCCGUAAAAAAUACUGUUUAGGAGUUUAGAUUAUGUAUUUUGGCAGAUAAAAGUAUGCAAAGAAGAACGCAAUGCUCAGCUAUUAUUAUAAUCAUGUUACAAUUGUUUUUGUCUUUCCCCUUUUUAUAUGUUUUACCAUCUUAAUUUUUGUGUUCAUUUUGAUGUUUGUUUUGUAAUAAAACAACACAUGACAGUGGCUGGUGUGUGUUAUCUCUG